CUCUCUCUCUCUCUCCGUUUCUCUUUCUCUCUCUCUCUGUGCUCUCUAUCUCUCUCUGUCUGUGCUCGUUAGGGUUUCCUGAUCUCCUCCUGCGAUAUUCGGAUUGCCGGUCGGACCUCAUCAGAUCAAGAUUAUCGCCUCUGUGUUUGGAUCACAUAAUCUAGCACAGCCAGAGUUAAAUGAUUGGUGCACAUGGUUGCAGCCAGAACGUUACUGAAAUGGAAGCCUGAGUGACGGAUUAUUAAUCUGAUUUCAAUGAGCAUCUUCCAGUAUUAUACUGAAGUCUUCCUCUGUAACUCUUGUUGAUUCUGGCCAGGAAGCAUUUUGGCUACAAGAGGACCUUUCGUAUCCAUGCUGGUAGAGAGCAUGCGUGGAAUCUGUGCUUCGGGUAAUGCCCCUGACGAGAUUUGCUGCCGACGCAUUCGGUGUGUUGACAAUAUGUCUAGUUGCUCUCUUGAUUCUUCUAGGUCUACUGUGCAUCGCCUACUCAUUUUACUUCCGCUCUCGUAUUCGUAGUCAAGGCCUUGUUCUACUCAGUUACUUUAGUGGUCCUUGGAUCAUCAGGAUCACUUUUAUCUUGUUUGCAAUCUGGUGGGGUUUUGGUGAAAUCAUCCGUAUAUCUUGGUUAAGAGGCGAGGGAAGGUUGUUGAACGGUAACUUGAAAUGGCAGGAAACUGUCUGCAAAUGCUACAUUGUGUCGAACCUAGGAUUUGCAGAACCUUGCCUCUUCCUAACUCUGGUAUUUCUAUUGCGUGCGCCCUUACAGAAGAUGGAAUCAGGAAUUCUUAGUCGAACAUGGAAUGGGAAAACAGCAGCCUGCAUUUUUCUCUAUUGCCUCCCACUCUUUGUUCUUCAGCUGUUUCUUAUCUUAAUUGGACCCCAGUUGAGCAAGAAUGAGAGUUUACAUAAAAUGCAGCAUUACUUUACAAGUACAGCGAAAAAGACUAAUGAUAUUGCUCUCUGCACUUACCCUUUAAUGAGCACCAUCCUUCAUGGAAUUUUUGCCACUUUCCUAACUUUCUACUUGUUUUGGCUGGGAAGGCGGAUUUUGAAAUUGGUCAUCAAUAAGGGUCUGCAGAAGAGAGUUUACACAUUGAUAAUAUCGGUUUCGAGUUUCUUUCCGUUGAGAGUUCUCUUACUUGGUUUCUCUGUUUUAUCUGAACCAGAGCAUUUGCAGUUUGAAGCUCUUUCUUUCUCGGCUUUUCUUGCUCUUCUAUGUUGUGCUGGGGUGUGUAUAUGCAUGCUUGUUUACUGCCCAGUGGCGGAUUCUUUAGCCCUGGGGAGUUUACAUGAUUUGGAGGCUAGGAGAAUAAUUAGUGAUGAUCAAAAUGACACAAUUUCCCUUAUUGCUAACCAAAGCCAUCUUGAAGAAAGUGCUGCAAUUAGUCCUGGGAGGAAUUCCGAUACAUCCACAAAGCGGGGAUCGAUUUCUUUUCGAACUUUGGAGAAGGAAGGCUCUUCAAGGGGGAACUUUGUGGAAUUGAGCCUCUUCUCUCCCAGUCGGGAUGCGACUCCCCCGGGAUCACCUCCGCUCCUCGGCUGGCCUAUGCGAUCUCCUGCACCAUUUCAUGGAACAUAAGAAGCUUGCAAGAAGAAACUGAGUAACGCGUGGUGAAUAUCAAUUUUGUGUUAAAGAAAAAACUGAUUGUAAAGGGUUUUAGCUUCAAUAAGUAUUCUUAUUCUUGGUUUGUUUUUCUAAUUUUAGAUAAUGAUGGUUUUGCUUGAUGGUAUUUGUGAUCUUUUUAUUAUUA